ACAGCCAUUUCAGUAGCACAACCCAAAGUGCAUAACAAAAUGGCUCUUCUCUGUAAACAUCUUUACCUUUGUAGAUAUUUUCUCCUAAACUGUCGUAUAUUCAAAUCUCCAUUACUUCGGAGUAAAAGAAUUCUACAUCAAUAUUUUCCAACAAUGAAAAUGCCCAGAGGGAACGGGAAAUGUAAAGUAACCGAAGUGAACGGCACCUCGCCUGCAAAAAGGCUGAAGGAAAUGCAUCCUGAGGGGAAAAUGCUGCUGAAAUUUGCCAAACUUUCUGAACAUGCUACCUCUCCAACAAGGGGGUCUACAAAAGCGGCGGGCUAUGAUUUGUACAGUGCUUAUGACUAUACCAUUCCCGCUAUGGAUAAGGCCAUCGUGAAAACUGAUAUUCAGAUAGCUCUGCCUUCGGGUUACUACGGAAGAGUAGCUCCAAGGUCUGGAUUAGCAGCAAAAUAUUUUAUUGACGUUGGAGCUGGUGUUGUUGAUGAAGAUUACAGAGGGAAUGUUGGUGUUGUGCUCUUCAACUUCAAUAAAGACAGUUUUGAAGUUAAAAAGGGUGACAGAGUAGCACAACUAAUAUGUGAAAAGAUUUGCUACCCAGAGCUUCAGGAACGUGAGACCCUGGAUGAGACUGAACGUGGAGCUGGUGGCUUUGGAUCUACUGGAACAAAUUAAAGUGGAAGUUGCUACAUUUUGUUGUGUUGAAAAAUGGUCCUGUUCUAAAGGGCUAAUUUAUUGCCUGUUUAAUAAUAAUAAAAGUAAGCAUUUGCAUAAAUGUAUUGGUGUUUAUUGUUAUAGAAGGGAGUGUGUAUACCCAUGAUUUAUAAUAAAACAUGCUCCAGUCUAGAGUUAUCAUUCGGAA